UCUUUGAGAAGGAGGGGAACUAAUAAAUACUGGACCGGUUAAAGCAACACAAACAUUACCUGGCAAAGUUGUAAACAAUGAAAAUCUCAAUUGUGGCACUUUUUGUUUUGGUCACAUUAGUGGCGUCAGUCUAUGGCUAUCCUUCCAAGGGUUCCACAAAAGCUGCCCUAAAUAAGAAACCAUCAUGCUAUAAAGACUGCGGAGAUGUUUACAAACCAAUAUGUGUGGGUGACGGAUCAGGAAAAGAAAACAAGAGUUUUGGUAGCGAGUGCGUGCUAGCCAAUUACAAUUGCGAAAAUAAAGCCAAUUGGAAACUUAUCAGUCAGGGAGAAUGUCCAGGAGGUGGCGGAGUUCGUCUGAGUUAAUUGAAUCAUUAAUUAAUUCUUCCAUAUUAUUUUUAUUGCCAGUAGUGAGAAUUUAUUUCCGUAUGCUAUAAAAUAAAGAUAUGUUAGGUGUAGUAUCAUGUUGUUUAAACACUUUUAUCGUUUGCUUAAAAAAUAUAAUUAUAAACAAUU